UGACAAAAUGGAACACACCAGCAGUGUGAGGAGACCUGAAAGUGGCACAUGGCAUGGCAGAGUGUGGCGAUGGAGACAGCAGCAAUGGGAGGCCGUACAGGGACCCAUGAGACACUGUGGACCUGGCAGCAGCAUGAGGAGGCGGUACAGGGGCCCAUGGCAGAUUAGGGGCCUGGCAGCAGCAAUGGGAGACGCCCGUAAUCUGCCAGCAACCUAUGACAAAAUGGAACCCAGCAGGAGUGUGAGGAGACCUGAAAGUGGCACAUGGCAGAGUGUGGCGAUGGAGACAGCAGCAAUGGGAGGCCGUACAGGGACCCAUGAGACACUGUGGACCUGGCAGCAGCAU